CGGCGGACCCGAGGGUGCUGACAGCUUCCGGUUUGGUUUCCCCGUCCCUGCGUGGCUAAAGCUCUUCAGGCUCCGCGGUGGCGGCUGUAGCAGCGGCGGGGUGGCGGGGGGCAGGGCGUGGUGAGGUAAGGUGAAUGCCCGAACAGGGUUCCCCGGAGCCAUGGCCUGCUCCAUUGUCCAGUUCUGCACCUUCCAGGACCUCCAGGCCGCCCGGGACUUCCUCUUCCCUCGUCUGCGGGAGGAGACCCCCAGCUGCACCGUGAGGAGGGAUCCCAGUAAAUCAAACUGGGAAGAUGAUGGUUGGGGAGCAUGGGAAGAAACAGAGCCCCAAGAACCUGAAGAAGAAGGAAAUACGUGCAAAACACAAAAAACUUCCUGGCUUCAAGAUUGUGUUUUAUCCUUAUCUCCAACCAAUGAUCUUAUGGUUAUAGCUCGGGAGCAAAAAGCUGUGUUUCUAGUGCCAAAAUGGAAACAUAGUGAUAAAGGGAAGGAAGAAAUGCAGUUUGCUGUUGGUUGGAGUGGUUCUUUAAGUGUCGAAGAAGGGGAAUGCAUAACCAGCGCUCUGUGUAUCCCACUAGCAAGCCAGAAGAGGAGUUCCACUGGACGUCCAGACUGGACCUGCAUUGUGGUGGGCUUUACUUCGGGUUACGUACGCUUCUACACAGAGAGUGGCGUGCUCUUGCUCUCACAGCUCCUGAAUGAGGACCCAGUGCUACAGCUCAAGUGCAGGACCUAUGAAAUCCCACGACAUCCCGGCGUGACGGAGCAGAAUGAAGAGUUGAGUAUCUUAUAUCCAGCUGCCAUCGUGACUAUUGAUGGAUUUAGCCUUUUUCAGUCUCUUCGUGCUUGUCGAAAUCAGGUGGCAAAAGCUGCAGCAUCAGGCAAUGAGAACAUACAGCCACCACCGUUAGCUUAUAAGAAAUGGGGUCUGCAAGAUAUUGACACAAUUAUUGAUCAUGCUAGUAUUGGUAUUAUGACUCUGUCCCCUUUUGAUCAAAUGAAGACUGCCUCCAAUAUAGGUGGAUAUAAUGCAGCAAUUAAAAACAGCCCACCCGCCAUGUCUCAGUAUAUCACUGUAGGGUCCAACCCAUUUACGGGCUUCUUCUAUGCUUUAGAGGGAAGCACGCAACCAUUAUUAUCUCAUGUUGCACUAGCAGUGGCAAGUAAACUCACUUCUGCUUUAUUUAAUGCUGCCAGUGGUUGGCUUGGUUGGAAAAGCAAGCAUGAAGAAGAAGCUGUCCAGAAGCAAAAACCCAAGGUUGAACCAGCUACCCCAUUAGCUGUAAGAUUUGGACUUCCAGAUUCUAGACGCCAUGGUGAAAGUAUAUGUCUGUCUCCAUGUAACACGCUGGCAGCAGUAACAGAUGAUUUUGGCAGAAUUAUUUUGUUGGAUGUAGCUAGAGGGAUUGCAAUACGCAUGUGGAAAGGGUAUCGAGAUGCACAGACUGGUUGGAUCCAAAUUGUAGAGGACCUCCACGAAAGAGUGCCAGAAAAGGUGGACUUUUCCCCCUUUGGAAGUCCUCAGGGUCCAAGUCGAGUAGCUCAGUUCCUUGUGAUCUAUGCACCGCGGAGGGGCAUUUUAGAAGUGUGGAGCACACAGCAGGGCCCUAGAGUCGGUGCUUUCAACGUGGGAAAGCACUGCAGGCUUCUGUAUCCUGGCUAUAAAAUAAUGGGCUUAAAUAACGUUACCAGUCAGAAUUGGCAGCCGCAGACUUACCAGAUCUGUCUGGUUGAUCCAGUGUCUGGAAGUGUGAAAACAGUAAAUGUCCCUUUCCACUUAGCACUGAGUGAUAAGAAGAGUGAACGAGCCAAGGACAUGCACUUAGUGAAGAAACUGGGAGCCUUACUGAAAGCAAAAUCUCCCAAUCUUGAUUUGAUUGAAACAGAAAUAAAGGAGUUAAUUCUCGAUAUUAAGUACCCUGCAACCAAAAAACAAGCAUUGGAAAGCAUUUUGGCAAGCAUACGUUUACCAUUUUCCUGCCUUAGAAACAUCACUCAGACUUUAAUGGACACUUUAAAAAAUCAAGAGCUUGAGUGUGUUGAUGAAGGAUUGCUACAGUUUUGUGCCAAUAAAUUGAAAUUACUCCAUCUUUAUGAGUCUGUCAGUCAAUUAAAUUCCAUUGAUUUUCAUUCAGACACGCCAUUCUCUGAUAAUGACUUGGCUGUGUUACUAAGGCUUGAUGAAAAAGAACUCCUUAAGCUCCAGGCGUUAUUAGAGAAGUAUAAACAAGAGAACGGCAGGACUGCUGUCCGAUUUUCUGAUGAUAAGGAUGGUGUGUUGCCUGUCAAAACAUUUCUGGAAUAUUUAGAAUAUGAGAAAGAUGUGAUCAGCAUAAAGAAGAUAAGUGAAGAGGACUGUGUGGCUUUAGGCAGUUUCUUUUUUUGGAAGUGUUUAUGUGGAGAGAGCUCCACGGAGGAUAUGUGUCACACUCUGGAGUCAGCUGGACUUAGCCCCCAGCUGUUGUUGUCUCUGCUCCUGAGUGUUUGGCUCGCUAAGGAAAAGGAUAUUUUGGACAACCCGCGGUCUGUCUGCUCUCUCCAUACAACACUGUACCUCCUGAGCAAGAUGAAAGUGGCCGGCGAGGAGGCCUGGGAUUCGCAGUCGGUGUCCCCUUGGUGGCAGCAGAUGCGCACGGCCUGUAUUCAGUCUGAGAACAACGGGGCUGCUCUGCUUUCUGCGCACGUCGGGCACGCUGUCGCCGCCCAGCUGUCCAACAACUUGACCGAGAAGAAAUUUUCCCAAACAGUUUCGGGUACUGAUUCGGAGGCCCUCACUGAUUCCUGGGAGGCCCUUUCCCUUGACACUGAGUACUGGAAACUUCUGCUGAAACAGCUGGAGGACUGUCUCCUACUUCAGACUCUGCUUCACAGCAAAGUGAAUGGCCCAGCCUCCAAAGCAUCGUCGCUGCAGGCUGAGCCGCUCCCGAAGCUUUCUGUUAAAAAGCUGUUAGAAGGAGGAAAAGGUGGCAUUGCGGACAGUGUAGCCAAGUGGGUAUUUAAACAGGAUGUCAGCCCUGAAGUAUUAAAACUGGCUAAUAAAGAAAGACAUGCAGAAAACUCAGAGGAACCCAAAGAAGGUAUUAACAGAGGUUCAUCUGAGGUGUCAGAGGUGGAGAAGGACUUGGGAGCCAUCCCAGACCUGCUGCACUUGGCCUACAAGCAGUUUCCUUGUAGCCUCGAGCUGGACGUGCUGCACGCGCAUUGCUGCUGGGAGUACGUUGUUCAGUGGAAUAAAGACCCGGAGGAAGCACUUUUUUUUGUUAGGUCAAUAGAACACUUGGAGCACAUUCUUAAUGCACAUGUUCAGAAUGGCAUCGCACUGAUGAUGUGGAACACAUUUUUAGUUAAAAGGUUUUCUGCUGCUACGUACUUGAUGGAUAAGGUUGGAAAAGCACCAAAGGAUAGGUUAUGCCGAAGGGAUGUGGGGAUGAGCGACACGGCAAUGACAUCUUUCCUUGGCUGUUGCUGGGAUCUUCUUCAGACUUUAAUGGAGGCAGACGUCAGCCGGGAUGAGAUGCAAGUGCCCGCCGUGGACGCGGAGGACGCCUGGCUGGCCGUGGAAGGGCCGGUCUCCAUCGUGGAGCUGGCGCUGGAGCAGAGGCACAUCCACUACCCGCUGGUGGAGCACCACUCCGCCCUGUGUGCCCUCCUGUACGCCGUCAUGAGGUUCUCCCUGAAGGCCGUCAAGCCCCUCUCCCUCUUUGACAGCAAGGGGAAGAACGCAUUUUUCAAAGACCUAACUUCAAUUCAGUUAUUACCUAGCGGGGAAAUGGAUGCAAAUUUUAUUUCUGUACGACAGCAGUUCUUACUGAAAGUCGUCAGUGCAGCUGUCCAGGCCCGACAUGCAGUCACGAAGGACAAAGACUCCUCAGAAGAGGCACUGACCACUCUUUUUGGGAAAGACCAAGAUUGGCCAGUGCUGGCCCUGGAUCUGGCCCAUCACCUUCAAGUUAGUGAAGAUGUUGUUAGGAGGCAUUAUGUGGGGGAACUCUACAGCUAUGGAGCUGACCACUUAGGAGAAGAGGCCAUCCUCCAGGUUCAGGACAAAGAGGUCCUGGCCUCCCAGCUGCUGGUGCUGAUAGGGCAGCGGCUGGCGCACGCGGUGCUGCGCACGCGGACGAGCGAGGGGCUGGAGCUGCUCGCCAGGCUGCCCCCGACGCUGUGCACCUGGCUGAAGGCCAUGAACCCCCAGGAUCUUCAAAACACAGAAGUGCCAAUUGCAACAACAGCUAAGCUAGUAAAUAAAGUAAUUGAGCUUUUACCAGAAAACCACGGGCAGUACAGUUUAGCCUUACACCUCACGGAAGCUGUGGAAGCCAUAGCUAUUCCUCCUUUAUGACACUUAUCUACUGUAAACAGUCUAAAAUUGUGUGACUAUAAUAUGAUUUAGUGCAUGGUUAUUUUACACAGUUAAGAUCUGGAAUUUUAUGGAGGGAAUAUGGUUUUUUUCCUUUUGUAAAAUAAAUAAAAAUACAUUAUUACUUUUAAAAAGUGCGGUCUUGGCUAAAUUCCCCUCCUUUGGUUAAUACUGAUGAUAAAAUAUGAGCAAGUAUCAAUUAUACUAUUAAUUCCUCUUGCAGAUGUUUUACUGUUUAUUUUUAAUUCAAGCACUUAAGUAGCUUUAUUGUUAAACUUUGCUAUUUAAAAUUGGUUAUAAUUUACAGAUUAUGUUCUUAUUAUAACAUUCUAUAUUUCGUACUCAAAACGUUAUUGUAAUUAAAUUUAAACGUGUUCAUGUAUAGUCCCCAUCAGUUAAAUGAGAGGAAUACACCACUUCCUUUUAACAAAUGUCGGGAAAAUGCUUUUGUUAUCACGCUUGGUCCCGUACUGGGCACUGCCCCCUGGAGAUCUGGAUGCUGACAGGUUUCUUUCCCAGAGGUUAUGCUGUUGCCAUCAGAGGAUGAUGACCCUGCCUGUGGAGGAAUAAUGGGUUCAAGAUCAUAUAUUCAUCAGAAUGGACACUAAAUAGAACCCUUAACCUGCUGUACUUGCCAAAACAGAAUCUAAGAUGCAAGCAACACAGCAAAAUUAAUUAAAAUGCAAGUUAAGAUUUGCUUUUUGCCAAGAUUCAAAGCUGUAUCCACAUCAGGUAAUUGUAAAAAUGUAUUAUCUUGUAAAACUUACGUUUAAAAAAAAGGGGCAAAGAUGCUAAAGAUCUAAGGUCCAACUUUAUUUUUCCUACGAGUGUUUUGCGAUGUCUGCUUCCGGGAUUUGGUAAUGUUACCUGUUCUUAGGAACAAUACAGAAAAUGCUUAGUGAUGAUACUACAGCUUCAGCGAACCUACCUCCCCCCACCUGGCUUGAGAGGAUGAAUACAACUGAUUUUGUACCCUGUAGUGCCUAGAGCAGUCCGAGUGCUGAAUAAUCAUUUGGUGAUUAAAACCAAAUUAACCAAAACUCUGUAAGAAGUGCUUUGAGCUGUACAGUCACACCAAGUACUUAUUAUGGUAAAUCUCUGGAAUGUAGCCAUACAGUGCGAGUACUGACAUGUCCUGGGUCACAGCUGUUAUUCACAGCAACUCGCUGUGAGACAGAAGUUUGUUUCUUCACUUCCUUAGGAAGAAGCCAACUCUCGCAAUAGUACAGAUUUGAGGCGUUGUAUCAGGAACAUAAAGAAAAAAUCUGAUGUUUGAGGAUAUCCCAAUGUAAAUUCUUUUUAACUAAGAGAUCACAUCCAAAUAAGAACUGUCUAAAACUUAAUAAUUACUGUUUGAUUUGUCGAUAAAAUCUUGAAAGAUUAAUUUUUCAGAUGUCUUGAGGAUGUGGGGUGAGGGCCUUGUAUGUCUGAUUGAGGCACACGCUGCGAUAGAAACACUGAAAACGACCUCGGGCUGGUCUAGCCUCUCAGCCUCCGCUGGGAUCUCUGCUGCCCCAUCCAGACACAUUUAUAUGAUUUCUCGUAAACGUGUCUAGCUUUAUAUAGUCACUUGUGUGUAUUCUGAAAGAUUAGUUCUUUCUGUGACUUUUCUAAAUACUCUGAAAGUAGUUAUGAAUCUUGGAGGCUGGUCAAAGAAACUUGGAAUUACAGGCAUUUUUAAAGAUUAAAUCAGUCACUUUGAUUCCAUUAUCACUUUUGGGGGACAGGGUAUCUAAUAAGCAUUUUAGAUAAUAAAACUGGCUGAACUUAUUCUAGUAGGACAUGUAAUCAAAUUUGGGGAUUGCUGAGCAUGUUAAUCAGCUGAAAUGUGGCUCCGAGAACCGUAACAAGUCAUUGAGUCUAGUUAGAUUUGUAAUCCUAAACUUUGCCAUUCAAAGAAUUUAAAAAUUGAAUUCUCAGUUGUAUGGUUAAAAAAAGCAGUUAAAUAUUUUACUACUUCAUUAAGGGCUUUUAAAAUAAAUCUGAUAGAGGAAAGGAAAAUAAAUACCUGUGUAUGCAUUGUGUAACCACGAAGAGCCACAAAUAACUAUACAGAAUGGACGGUUUCUGAAACAGGUUAUGUUGCACAUACUGCAGUUAUUGGUGGGAAACCGAUAACCAGUGAGUAGUGUUUUCUUAGAUCUACUUCCACCACCACCCCCCAAUACACCUUUCCUCAUGAACAUUAAAUAGGCAUUUUGUACCUUGUUAAAUUCUGUUGUAUAAUGCAAAGGAAAACAAAAGCGUUCAAAUAAUCAUAAAUUCUACAUUACAGGUUGUAUUUAGAUGUAGAACUAGAAGAGACAGGAUAAAUGCAGAUGAAGAGGAAUAUAGCACACCAAGCUUCUAAAUGGUUCAUGCUUUUGCAAAAAGAAAAAUGAGGUAUGGAGAAAAGUGUUUCACCUUUGUUAUAAAAAUUAAACUAAGGUCAAAGUAAACACUGUUCAAUUUAAAUUGCUUUCUUUAAAAAAAAAUUGAUUACAAUUUAAAACCACAGAAAACUCAGAUUUAAUAACACUAAGCAUGCAUGGAAUAAUAAGUUCACUUAGCAGUUGCUGUGGUUCAUUUCACUUAUAAGAGACAAAUAGUUUUAAAGUACUCAAUAGCAACAGUGCAGGCCCUCUCUCACCCUGACAGGAAUGGACUUGCUAUAUUUCUGCUAAACAGAAUUAACCAUCCUUGGAAAGAUUUUAAUCCAGUACUGAAUUGUUUAUAAAAUGCCCUAUUAUCUACUGUAAUGUAUUGUAAGUAGUCAAAUUCUGUAUAUACUGCUAUUUUCUGUGUCUGUUCAUUGUAAUGAACUUUUAUGUGUAUUAGUGAAAUAAAUUUUCAGCUUUCA